AUGAGUUCCCGUCCGACUGUGAAGGAGUCAAUGAAAUCCACUUGGCGCCGAUGGGAUCGGAGUCAGUGGACAUUCCCCCACAAAGUCUUUGAGCACAUCAACGUCUACCACGUCGACCUGGAUCGCGAGGUCCCCGUUCACUCCAAACAAGAUAAAGUGCCGUAUGUCUCCGACUGGUCGAUGAACAUCUGGGUCAUCGUGCACGCGGGCAUUCCACUACUCCUCCACCAACUCUACGUGUACCUCACCGGGACCAACUUCGGGCCAAUCAUCGCGUUUGGGUUCUAUUACUAUGCGUCGCGGGUAUUUACGACCCGCGAACUACGCAGCAUGCGCGAGCUCGGGCAUAAAUAUGGCUUUUUGGAUGGGGACAAGCAUGAGCGGGAUGGUGUGCCGGAUGAGGGCGUCUCGAAGGCCCUGACCUCCGUCAUGCUAGCGGGCGCCGUGCGUCCCUUGAUGACCGUCUAUCUCACCUAUCAGACAAGCAACGCGCCGAUCUCAUUGAGCUGGCAAUGGCUUCCACUGGAAGUGGGCUUAUAUGGCAUCGUGCUGGACUUUUGGUUCUACUGGUACCACCGCAUCAUGCACGACGUCGAUGGGCUUUGGAAAUACCACCGCACACACCACCUGACGAAGCAUCCGAAUCCGCUGCUCACGAUCUACGCCGACUCGGAACAAGAAUUCUUCGAUAUUGCGGGCAUCCCCGUCAUGACUUAUAUGACCAUGCGGUUCAUGGGAUUCCCGAUGGGCUUUUACGAAUGGCACAUCUGUCAGCUCUUCGUUCUGUUCGCCGAGCUGGCCGGACACAGUGGGCUGCGUCUCCAUGCGUCGCCUCCCAAUCCGCUCACAUGGCUGAUGAGAAUGUUCCACGCGGAACUUGUGAUUGAAGACCAUGACCUCCACCAUCGCAAGGGCUGGCGGAAGAGCCAUAAUUACGGCAAGCAAACGCGCGUCUGGGAUCGCGUGUUCGGCACCUGCAGUGAUCGGGUGGAGAGCGUGGUGGAGAAUGUGGAUUACGAGAAUACACUAUGGAUGUCGCUGUUUUAG